AUGUGGAAAAUCGGCAUCCCCUACCACCUGGUUGAACAUGUCAUGUGCAAAUCUUUCGGAGGUACCCUCGACGGAGCAGCUCUGGAAUGGCUCAUGAACAUCACUCCUGAAUCUAUAUCCUACCUUGUUGAUCUCAUCAACGCCUUCUAUCAACUGUUCGCUAGCAGCCGUCAAUUGGAAAAGGAGACGGGUGACCUCUAUCGUAUCAAAAACUUUGAUGUCAAGACAUCUAUCGAAGCAUUCAAGAGUGGUCUCAUCCCCAACUCAGAGUUGUACCGGGAGAUUACCAAAUAUCCCUGCGCAACCUUCGAGGAGGUCAGAUCGAGAGCCACUGCCCAGAUGCAGAUCGAGGACGACGAGAUUACACGGACGACAGCGCCACGAUCAAUAGGGGACAGCAGCGACAGGCGGUCGUACACCCCAAGGAACAACAGCUGGCGGGACCAACCAUACAACCACCAAAACCAGGUACAAAAUGUCAAUAAGUAUAAUGAUACUAACAAUGUUUACAUGAACGAAUGGGCCGAUCACCCCGACAUCUCCGAAUAUGGCUUCAACGUCGACAUCAGAGGCGUCGUCAACGCCCUUCAAAAUGUAGGUGGAACACUCAGAUGGCCUAGGAAGAGCGACAUACCAGAUUCCAUGAAAGACAUGAGCAAAUGGUGCGAGUUCCACCGCAACAACGGCCACAAAACCGAGGAGUGCAUCUCCCUUAAAAAGGAGAGACUAACUUCCUCUGCAGCUAAAAAGAUUAGCAGGGGAGAAUCUGGAGCCGUCAAAGAGGGGCAGACUGAGGAUGAGAUCGCACUCGAAAAAUCCCUAGCAGCAAUGUCAAUCACCUUCGACGACUCAGAUUCAGUGGAUGCACAGCAAGAGCAUCAUGACGGAUUGGUAAUAUCGCUCCCAAUAGGCAACGCUCUAAUCAAAAGGAUAUUGAUCGACAACGGCAGCUCGGCAAACGUAUUGUUCUUGGAGGCCCUACAAGAAAUGGGGCUCGAGGAAAAGAACAUUGUCAGGAGAUCGCCGGUGUUGGUAGGGUUCAGUGGAGAAUCGAUGCGAACAGUCGGAGAGAUAUCAUUGCCCACAUAUGCAGAAGGUGUCAACAUCAUGACCAAGGUCAACGUCGUCGACUGCCCAUCAGCAUACAACGUCAUCUUAGGGUGA